AUGUCGUUAGCUGGAAAAGUUGCUUUGGUCACCGGGGCAUCUAGGGGUAUUGGCAAAGGCAUUGCACUGGAAUUGGGUAAAGCUGGUGCUACAGUUUAUGUAACUGGGCGAGACCCAAAGAAAAGCGACAGAACUGAAAACCAAUCAACUUUGGAAGAAGUUGCUAAUGAAGUAAAGUUUUAAUUUUUGAAAAGUUUUUAAAUAAUUAUUUUUUAAAACAGUUUUAUGCUUAAAUACUCUGAAACUUCGGAUCAAUUUUGAUUUAAGCUGUCUAAAUGGUUAAUUUUAAGGUGACAUUAGUAGGUGGAAAGGGUAUACAUUUAUAUGUUGAUCAUUCUGACCCUCAAGCAGUAAAAAGUUUGUUUGAACGCAUCUCUCAAAAUCAUCAAGGUCAACUAGACUUACUUGUCAACAAUUCUUAUGCCGCUGCUACGGUAUGUCAUACAUUUAAGUAUAUACAACUAUUUUUUAAAAUUUUGGUAAAGUAUUACAUUGAAACUUUAUAAUUUAAAAACGGUUUUAGUUUAUCUUGAGCAAUAGCGGAAAGAAAUUUUGGGAGUACGAAGCUGAUCCCGCGUACGCUUAUGACAUUGUGAAUAAUGUUGGAUUACGAAAUCAUUAUAUAUGUUCCGUCUAUGCUGCAAAACUAAUGGUCCCAAGAAAGUCAGGACUAAUUGUUAAUAUUGGAAGUCUUGGAGGACUUUCGUACUUUUUAAACGUAUCUUAUGGCGUUGGAAAAGGAGCAAUUGAUCGUUUGUCUUCAGACUCGGCUACUGAAUUAUCUGGAACUGGCGUUACUGUGGUAUCUUUAUGGCCAGGCGCUGUUAAAACUGAAAUGAUUAGCAAUUACGUCUUAAAAGAAAAAAGCGAUACGGUGAUUUUUUUUAAAUUUUACUUUAAUUCUUAAGGUGUUUUUUGUUUUCAAAGUAUUUUAGAUACCUGGGUAUUCCACUUUAAUUUUUUUUAUUUUGUUUUACAGCCUGUUUAUCAUUAUUUUAACGAAGGAGAAUCAAUUUACUAUCCCGGAAAAUGUAUUGUGAAACUUCUUUCACUUUCCGAUUUGCAUAAGCGUACAGGAGAAAUCAUUACAACCACUUCGAUGGCAAAUGAAUAUGGUAUUCAAGAUAUCGAUGGAAGUAAGUUAAUUUAAUAGAAGCGUAGUAUAAUUAAAGUUUGAAAUGUCUCGUUUUUCGAUAUACCUAAAAUAACCUACGUGUAUUUUUAUCUUAAAUUAGAAUAAUUUAGAUAACAUAAUUUUAUACUAUGUAAUUUUUUCAAUUUAAAAAUAAAGGUUUAUUUUCAGAACUACCCAGGGAUCCACAUGUUGUUCAAUGCCAAGAUUAUAUAG